AUGAGAGAGAGAGGGAUAGACAGAUUAGAUUAGUCAUAGUCAAACAUCAAACUCUCUGUUACACACAUCUAAUCUAAAACAUUCGCACGAACUAGUGUUUCUUUCCGAUUCAGGACAGAAAAAAAAAGUAAAGUACAAAUCAAACGGGCGAAAUCUUUUUUUGUUUUUUGGUGUUUUCCGGCACAGAUCUUUUCCCGAUUCACCAUGGCGGCGGUGGAGAAUGCGUAUCUGAUGCAGUUUGUGGACGAAACCUCUUUUUACAACCGGAUCGUUUUGAGCCAUCUUUUGCCGGCGAAUCUUUGGGAACCUUUGCCUCAUUUUCCCCAGACGUGGCUCCGUAAUUUCCUCGCCGGAACCCUACUCUACUUCAUCUCUGGCUUUCUCUGGUGCUUCUACAUCUAUUACCUUAAAAUUAACGUUUACCUUCCCAAAGAUGCCAUUCCUACAAUGAAGGCUAUGCGUUUGCAAAUGUAUGUGGCAAUGAAGUCUAUGCCGUGGUACACUCUUCUUCCAACUGUCUCUGAGUAUAUGAUCGAGCAUGGUUGGACUAAAUGCUACUCUAGACUAGGCGAAUUCGGCUGGAUCCUCUAUUUUGUUUACAUUGCCAUCUAUCUUGUUUUCGUUGAGUUUGGUAUUUAUUGGAUGCACAGAGAGCUUCAUGACAUUAAGCCUCUUUAUAAGCUUCUCCAUGCCACCCAUCAUAUCUACAACAAGCAAAAUACACUCUCUCCUUUUGCCGGGCUUGCGUUUCACCCAGUAGACGGGAUACUUCAGGCUAUACCGCAUGUGAUAGCUCUGUUUAUAGUGCCAAUACAUUUCACAACCCAUAUAGGUCUUUUGUUUAUAGAAGCUAUAUGGACAGCGAACAUCCAUGACUGCAUCCACGGAAACAUCUGGCCUAUAAUGGGUGCAGGAUACCAUACGAUACACCACACGACGUACAAGCAUAACUAUGGUCAUUAUACCAUAUGGAUGGAUUGGAUGUUUGGCUCUCUUAAGGAUCCUCUCUUAGAAGAAGAUGACAACAAAGACAGCUCCAAGAAAGCAAAGUGAAAGCGCCCACUUGGUUUUUUGUCUUUUGUCUGUUUGCUUGCUCCUUGUUUGUUCAAAGUUUCAACUAUUCUUGUUCUUCAUGUGUCUCUCUCUCUCUCUUAUUGUUUCCAAUUAUUUUGUUAGAAACAUUGACUGCACAUUUUGCUGUCUAGUUUAAAUCAGGUAAAUGUUUGAUCAUCUCUAUAAGACUCCAUUUUUCUUUUAACUGUAAAACCUUGAAACAAAGAUUUUGACUUACAUUGCCA